AUUAAGUGAUGGGUCUGCUCAGCAUCAUCCGAAAGAUCAGGAAAGAGAAGGAAAUGCGCAUCCUCAUGGUGGGAUUGGAUAAUUCCGGGAAGACGACCAUUGUGCUGAAGAUCAACGGAGAGGACACUAGCGUCAUUAGCCCCACUCUUGGCUUCAACAUCAAGACUAUUACCUACCAGAAGUAUACAUUAAAUAUCUGGGAUGUAGGGGGUCAGAAGACUAUAAGAUCAUAUUGGAGGAACUAUUUUGAGCAAACAGAUGGUCUGAUUUGGGUAGUCGAUAGUUCAGACCUUAGAAGGCUUGAUGAUUGCAAAAUGGAAUUGGAUAAUCUCUUGAAGGAGGAGAGAUUAUCCGGAGCAUCCUUACUUAUAUUUGCAAAUAAGCAGGAUAUUAAAGGUGCUCUCACGCCAGCAGAAAUUGCCAAGGUUCUGAACUUGGAAGCAAUGGAUAAAACCCGGCAUUGGGAAAUAGUGGGCUGUAGUGCUUACACAGGAGAGGGACUUCUUGAGGGAUUUGAUUGGUUGGUUCAGGACAUAGCUUCUCGAAUUUAUAUGCUUGAGUGACAUCUGUAUUAUAGGAAGUGUUAAAUGUAACCAGCCGGCAUUGAUCCAGAAAAUUCAUGCUGGUCAUGCAGUUUCUUUUUGCCUGAUUUUUUAAUCCUGGUUCCUUAUGGGAGAAACUGCUAGUGACUAGCUCAGGAAACCAAAUUCAGUGGGAUGUAUUUGUAGUGGCAGAGUUGAUUGUGCAAAGCUUUUGGAAUGAGAAAGUUCUGUUUUGAUGGGGGUCUGGUCUGCUAGAUCAGAAGGAAGAUCAAAAUUAGCAAGUCAAGUUUCAAUAUAUUGCUGUAAACUGUUUGAUUUAAGUCUGAUGAACUACUGGUGCAGAUGAUUGCUGUAAA